AUGUAUCACAUAUUUCAGAUCUCCGGCGAAGCUUUCCGGUCUUUGGGUUUGAAGAUGAAGAUUCUGAUAACAGUCAUCUUUAGCGGCUUACUAAUUUGGUCCCUAGUAUUAGUAUCAUUCUCCAAGAACUUCAACGACCAACUUAUUGAUGCUACAAUCUACGAUUCAAAGAGAUCCGAGACACCAAGAGAUAAACUGAUAGGAGGGCUUUUAACAGAGGAUUUCGACGAACGUUCUUGCGUGAGUAGGUAUCAUCAAUCAUUGCUCUAUCGCAACCCUUCACCAUACAAGCCAUCUGAAUAUCUUGUCUCCAAGCUAAGAAGCUACGAGAAGCUUCACAAGCGUUGCGGUCCAGGCACAGAUGCUUACAAGGAAGCAACCAAGAGUCUUGGUCAUGACAAUAACGAGAAUUACGCGAACAAAACCGUUGGUGAAUGCAGAUACGUUGUGUGGGUCGCUGGUUUCGGUCUUGGAAACAGAAUCCUAACUCUUGCUUCUGCCUUCCUCUACGCUCUCUUGACAGGAAGAGUCGUUCUUGUUGAUCAAACCAAAGACAUAAGCGACCUCUUCUGCGAGCCGUUUCCAGACACUUCAUGGUUACUUCCUCAUGACUUCCCCUUGACGACACAGCAGAUCGAUGGCUACAACAGAGGGUACUCACGUUGUUACGGGACAAUGGUGAUCAACCACGCCAUCAACGCCACUUCAAUCCCUCCGCAUCUGUUUCUUGACAUCAUCCAUGAUUCAAGAGAUGAAGACAAGAUGUUCUUCUGUCCAAAGGAUCAAACUUUGAUCGACAAAGUCCCUUGGCUGAUUGUGAAAGCCAAUGUCUACUUUGUUCCAUCUCUCUGGUUUAAUCCAACGUUCCGUGACGAGCUAACGAAGCUCUUCCCGCAGAAAGAAGCCGUCUUUCACCAUCUGGCUCGGUAUUUAUUCCAUCCGACGAAUAAAGUUUGGGGUAUGGUCACAAGGUACUACAACGCUCACUUAGCCAGAGCAGACGAGAGGCUCGGGCUUCAAAUACGUGUGUUCAGCCAUCAAAACGUGUACUUUCAACACGUCAUGGACCAGGUCGUGUCCUGCGCGCAAAGAGAGAAGCUUUUGCCUGAACUUUCCACACAGGAAGACGCAAAAGUCAAUACCUCGACAAGCCAGAGACUCAAAGCUGUUCUCGUCACGUCUCUGUUUCCAGAGUACUCUGACAACUUAAAGAACAUGUUUUGGGAACGUCCGAGUUCGACUGGUGAGAUCAUCGAAGUGUAUCAGCCGAGUGGAGAGAGGUUUCAGCAAACGGACAAGAAGCUUCACGACCAAAAGGCGUUGGCCGAGAUGUAUCUUCUGAGCUAUACGGAUAAGAUUGUGACAAGCGCGAGGUCUACGUUUGGGUAUGUUGCUCAUAGUCUUGGAGCGUUAAAGCCAUGGUUGCUUUAUCAGCCUAAUGAUCAGACAGCUCCUGAUCCUCCGUGUACUCGAUCUACGUCGAUGGAUCCUUGUCAUCUUACUCCGCCGUCUCAUGGAUGUGACGACGAUUGGGGAACUAACUCAGGGAAGGUUCUUCCUUUUGUUAAGCAUUGUGAGGAUCGUGACAACGAUGGGCUUAAGCUGUUUGAUGAGUUAUAG